GUCUGAUCAAAUCUGAUCCAACGGUUUCUGUAGCUUAGUUUUUCUCCCCAACUCUCUCUCUACUGUGAUAUUACGUCCCGCUCUUUUUUUUCUAUCUCAUCCAUCUCUCUCUCUCUCUCUCACUAUCUCUCUGUGUAAAUUCUUGUGUUUUGAUUAUGCUGAUUGGCAGAGAAGAAAUGCAAGAGCCAGCCACGACUACGAGUUCCAUUGCGGCAAGCUCUCUGCCUUCGAGCAGCGAGAGAUCUUCGAGCUCAGCUCUCAACAAUGAAGUCAAACAAGGCAUUGAGAGUGAUGAUGAGAUAAGAAGAGUGCCGGAGAUGGGCGGCGCGGCGGCGGAAAACGCCGGCGCUGCCCAGCCAUCCGCCGCUGGCUCUAAGCGGAGAGGAAGAAGCCCAGCUGAUAAAGAGAACAAGAGGUUGAAAAGAUUGUUGAGAAAUAGAGUUUCGGCCCAACAAGCAAGGGAGAGAAAGAAAGCAUAUUUGGGUGAUUUGGAAGUUAGGGUUAAAGAGUUGGAAUCUAAGAAUGCCGAGCUUGAGGAACGCCUUUCGACUUUCCAAAAUGAAAAUCAAAUGCUUAGAAAGAUAUUGAAGAAUACAACUGCUGGUCCACAAGAGGGAAGGAAGGGAAGCUAGAGAGGAUUUGGUUACGACUAAUCUUUACGAGUAUAUUUCAAGCAUGACGUGUAUAAUCAUAAAUUAGAGAAGUUCAACUUUAGUCGUUUAUUUUGAGGAGUUCCGCGUAAAAUUUGAAAAUAAACGUACUCAAUCACCCAAUGUGUGAUAUUAGCUUUAGCAUGGAAUAUUUUUGCUCGUAUUAUAACAUGAUAUAUUAUGCUAGGAUCAAAUUUAUUUUUAACAUUACAAAGGAUAGUGAAUUUAUUAGUAAUAUAUAAGUUUUUUGGCUGUGG